UGCCCCACCAGGUUUUAUUCUCCUUUCCUGACUCCGGACGGACUUCCCAGAAGCUCCAUUAUUCCCAAAAAGCGAGACUUUCUUCUGCUUUGUUGCUAAGAGACGGCAUGGAGUUUGGCAGAACAUACCUUGGCUGCGCCUUCUUCUGGCUCAUUCUUCAGGGCAUAGAGUCGCAGACCUUCAUGAUAAAGAACGUUCCCCUGGAGAAGUGCAUUCACUCGGCCCACGACACCGGCCGCGUCUCGCUGGCAGCCUGUAAACUCCAUGCCCUCCACCAGCACUGGAUCUGGGACCCGGAAACGGGGUCCAUCGUGAACGCCAAGAGCAUGGAGUGUCUCACCGCACUGAAGACUAGCAGUGACUUCUCCACCUUGAAGAUGAAGCCUUGUGACCGUAGUGACCAUCAAAGUUGGACCUGUGAUAAUGCAGGUCACCUGACGCUGCGGGGCCACGAGCUAUACCUGACUGCCAAGCAGGGCACCAAGAAGGUCUUUGUCUCGAAGGAGAGAGAUAAGUUCGGCAGGUGGAGGACUCUGAUGGACUCCCCAAUCUGCAAGGAGGUUAUUGAACCAACCGAAAUAUAUGAGACAACAGCAAAGCAGGAGCUGGAGGAGGUCACUGGACCCAUCCGUGAAACUAAACUCACAACAGAAGAGACAAAAACCGUAUCCGGCGUUCCGUUUAUCGGCCGGAAUGUAUCAACCACGCAUGGUCCGGGGCCGGUCUGUACAAAAGACAACGGUGACCUCGACCAACAGUUUGUCGGCGCGGAAGGGAACUCCAUUGAGAUGGAGAAGUACGAGAGGGUGCAGUCCGGCCGCGGCUGGAUGAUAGCCAUGCUCAUCCUAAGUCCAUUGGCGUUAAUGCUUGGAGCGCUCAUCCUGGCCAUGAGUGUCCGUUUCAACAAGAAGAGAAAGCUGCUCUCGGCUCUACCCUCUCGCCCCAGGUCCAUUAUUAAACUUGGAUCGUCUUAUGAGCAAUGCCCUCUGACAGAGAAAGGAGAAGAAGCUGCGCGCACGGCCUCCGAGCCUCACUCACCCUCACUGAGGCACGGGGAGAUUCUGAUUGAGUGGAAGGACGGGACAGUCACUCCACUCUUUGAUCCUCCACAAAACUGAGCUUUAGGGGAAAUCAGUGAUCAGCUUCAUUCACGCAACAUGCUGGUUUUUCCUUCACGCAUUGCCACGUCCUGCCACGCCGGUCAACUAAUCUCUCUACUAAACGGGAAAUAUGAUUGCUAUAUGGGGACCAGCGUGGGCAGAUGGAAAAGGACUGAAUCCACCAUCAUCAUGUACAUUCACACACCUGUGUUAAAGCCAUGAAAACCAUCUCAGUGACUUAGCAUUAUGCUUCCCAAUUUUAACAUCCACCAAAGGCAUGGUCAAUGGAAAUUCCCCUCCGCUUCCCACGAUCCCUCAGUGCAGACGGCAUCAGAAUCCUCCUCUCAGCCCAAGGAGGAAGUUGUAAGCCGCUUCCUGUUCUCUCCCUGCGUCAGCCAAAGCAGGUAGUUGUAAGCCGCUUCCUGUUCUCUCCCGUCAGCCCAAGCAGGAAGUUGUAAGCCACUUCCUGUUCUCUCCCUGCAUUGUUUUAGCGGAUGGUGCGGGUGCCUCUAGCGCUAGAGAUUGUUUCCAGCCGCGCAGGUCCCUCCGUAACGCUAUUAUCACAGAUAUCUCAGGGCGACGGGGCGAUUUACACCAUGUUGAUAAACUAUGUACACAAAAUACACAAUUCUCCUUAAAGCUAAAUAAUGAAAUUUAACAUCAGCUUUGUGAUAGAAUCCCUUCAAAAAAAAAACAAGACAAAAAAGUAAAAAAAAUCUUUAUCCUUGGAUUCCUGUAGAAUUUUUAUAUAUAUAUUAAAAGUCAUGUUAUAUUUUCAUUUCAUUUUUAAAGCUGUCCCUGCAUUUUAUAUUUGGCUGCCUCUGGGAUCAUACACAGCGCCGUUCAGAGGUUUGGGGUCACUUAGGCAUUUCCUUGUUUUUAAAAGAAAAGUCUAUUUUGUCCAUUAAAAUAACAUGAAAUGGGUGAGAAAUCCAGCACAGACGGGGUUAAUGCUGUAAAUGACUACUGAAGCCGGAAACUGCUGAUUUUUAAUGGAAUC